CCCCCCCUGCCAUCUCCUCCCUCCCCUCACUUGCCCUUCGCUUGCCCCCCCCCUCCCCCCUCCGGCUUUCUCGCGCCUCCUCUCCCUCUGGCGCAGCCGCACCAGCCGCACCAGCCGCACCAGGCCCUCCUCCCCCCGCCAUGGAGCAGGCGGUCAAGACCCCCUCGCUGGCUCUGGAUGCGGAGGCCGCGCUGACGGCCCUCCCCGGGCCGAGCGGCCCCGGCGGCCCCUGGUCCAGUCUGGUGCCGGACGGCCGGCGGCUGUUGGUCAUCUUCGACCCGGUGCCGGCGGCCAACGACCGUCUCACUCCGGCGCAGGUGUUCGAGCAGCAGAUCAUCUUCGCCUGGCCGAACGAGUACCUCACCAACCAGGAUCAGCUCCUGCUGGCCGGCCUGGUGAGCGGCCUCGACGCGGUGGGCUACUUCCUGGCCAGCUCCAAUCUGGAUCACAUGGCCAUGAGCAGUGACUGUGUGGUGAUGCGCAAGCUCGGGGACUUUGACACGGCCUUCCUGGAUCGCGAGCAGGCCACCCCGCCCCGGGGCCCGGCCAAGCAGACGGACGUCGGGCGGCAGAUUUGCUUGCAGCAGCUGCUCGGGCCGCCGGCCCCGCCGACCGUGCACGCCGAGGCCGAGAUGGAGCCGGUCCUGGACACGCAGCUGGUGGCGGUGCUGGUGGGCCAGCACCAUGGUGCGCCGAUCGAGUCGGUGGCCGCCACCCUGCGCACGGAGCUUCACCGGAUCUUGACGGCUCUGCGCUUUGCGGUCGGGCCGCUGAACCACCUGCGCCGGCUGUGUGGCCUGCGCGUGGAGGGGCUCUUCGAUGAGUUUGAUCGGCAGCCGGAGGAGGCCGCCUCCGCCGGCGGAGCGGCCGCCCUCCCCGAGGCCGAUAUCUCCUCCUCCUCCUCCUCCAGUCCGCCCCUCUCGGCCGAGGAGCUGGAUAUCGUGACCAAGUACCAUUCGCGCAAGCGCGACAAGUGGCCCACCUCCAAUGAGGCCUUCCGGGAUGCCCUUCGUCGGACCCUCAGCACCACGGCUGUGCCCAUCCUCCAGACCCUAUCGGGCUCGGUGUUCCCGGUCCUCGGCGACGGUGCCACCAUCAAGGUUUCGCCAGACACGAUCCCCCCGGGCGUUCUUCUUCGGUCGAACUCCCUGAUCGAGACAAUCCUCUCUGAGCGGGGGAACCUCUCGGCGGCGCUCUUUUUGGUGGAGCGUACGCCGACCAAUCCGCCGGGCUUCCGGCCAGACGACCCGGCCUCCCUGCUUCCGCGGCUGUACGGCCAGCAGGGCCAGGCCAACUGCCCGAUGGCGACGUCUCUUUCGCCGGAUGUGGCGCUUGCGGCGUCUACUUCCCCCGGGGCCGGUGUCUUUGCCGCCUCGCAUCGCUACUCCCCAGGACAGCUCCUAUCCGGCCGGAUGACCCCCUCCCUGACCAGCCUCCUGUCGCAUCUAAUUCCGCAGGGGGCCGCGCUGGCGGCCUCUGACUCGCAUUCCGGGCCUCGAGCGCCCCUGUUCGAGGAUCUGCAGUUUGUCUUCCUCGAUGCACAGGAUCGCAUGCAGCUUGGCCUGUACCCGUCGUCCGAGGCGAUGGCCGGGGCGCCCACUUCGGAGAAGGACUUCUAUGCGUCUCCACCGGCCGUGACCACCCCGUCCGGCUUCCGGCCGUCGGUCUUCAGCCCGAAUGCCCAGCUGUCACGCUACCCGGCCGACCGGCCGCCCCUGCGCAUCCUCAACCCGGAGUAUCUGUACCUUUGCCCACCGGCCACCCCGGCGGCUGGAGCCUACGCCGGGAUUUACUGGCUGGUGGUGGAUGUGAAUCCGGGCGAUCGGCGCAGUCAAGCCCUGGCACCGGAUCGCCUCCUGGCUCUGGCGGUUAUCCUGCAGCCGGCGUCGGUUUACGAGCCGGACAGCCUGAACUAUGUGCGCGCCAUCGCGCAAGAGCAGCUGCCCGACCUGGCAGCCAGCCUGAGCCGGGCCUUCAGCGUGGACCAGUUCCACUCGCUCAAAUCGAUUGUGGCCUCGCGUGGGGCGGACCGAGGGCCGGGGCCGGCUGCCAUGCCGACCCCAGCCCCGGCGCCUCUGGGCGGCCUCCACGGGAUCCCGUCGCUGCUGCAGAAUCACCUUUUUGCACAGGACACCUCCUUCUACAUGUCGGACCUGAAUGUCCUGCACUACAACCGACACCUGGGGCUGUAUGCUGAGCACCUGGUCACCCCGGCCAAUGCCAUCCGCCUGCCCGGGUCGCCGCCGCUGAGCCCGGCCCUGGUGUGCCCGGUCCCCAGUCGAGCCGAUGCCUGGACGCACGCGGCCCAGGAGAUUCGCUUCCGGUUCGGCGCGCAGGCGGCCUUUCACCAGCUGAUGGAGCGCUCGCGCGAGCACCACCGGUAUGCCUGCCUGCCGGAUCAGCGGGCAUCGGCGCACCCUCUCAGUCGGGUGCGGCUGGAGGCCGAGCAGCCGGCCGACGCCGAGGUCCUGGCCACCCUGCUGGACUGGGAGGAGUUCGGGGGCUUCUCCUCGGACGAUGGGCUCUACUCGGAGACCGUGGACUCGGAUGACGAGUUUUUCCUCCCCCACUUCGACCGAGCACCCGGCCUGGAUGAGGCCGAGGCCGAGGCCGAGGCCGAGGCCGAGGCGGAAGCAGGGCCGGAGCAGGCACCGGUCGAGGGGGCAGGUGCCGAGGAAGCCGGCCCGGCGGCCUCGCUGCGACAGCGUCUCCAGAAGGGCCUGGACCCGGUCCGGGCUGUGGAGGCUCUGUCUGGCGCGCCGGCCUCCCUGUGGACAUCCCCGCUGCCGAUCGCCUGGUCGGCGCCCUUCGACCCGGAAGCCGGCGCAUGCUCCGAGUGUGCCGGGCUUGUGGGUCCUGGUCCUGAUGCGGGUGAUCCCGACGCCGAGCCGGGCCCCGAUCCGGGGGCCGCACACUGGCCGGCGCCGGCUUCCGGCUCGGCUGUCUGUGCCCAUGCGGGCAUCCGCCUGACCAUGCGCCCGGUGGCCGAGCUGGCGGCCGCCUCCCCGGCCCCGGGGGCUGGCGACUCCCCGGGGGCCGAGCUGAAUGUCUCGCGUCUGGGGGCCCAGCAGUUGAUCCUCUACGAUCACACGGGUGUGCUCUUCUCCCGCCGGUCGUUGGACCAGCUGACGGUCAUCCACAAGCCCAGCCGCUGCGGGCACAUCCUGGCGCCCCUGCACUUUUCCGGCAUGCAGCGUCUCCAGUCGGCGUCGAAUUCCUUCUUGCCGCUGGCGGCGCUGGCCGGCGAAACGAGCCCCGCGCGGUUGGCCCUGUCGGCGGCCCACUCGGCGGCCCAGCUGGCCCUGCUGCAGCUGUACCUGCCAAUCAUCGAGAUGGAGGCUGACAAUACCUUUGGCGAUACCGACGAGCCGGAGGCGGAUCCCUUCUUCGAGGCCGAGCAGGCGGCCACCUGGCCGCGCUUCCAGAUUGCCCUGCAGAGCCUGAUGGCCGGUGUGACUGCGGUCCCGGCUCCGGGGUUUGAGCAGCUCACCUGGGGACACCCGGAGUUUUCCCCCUCCGCCAGCGCGACAUCCAUGCUGGCGGCCAGUGCGGCGGCCGCCGGGUCCACGGUGGCCAGCGGGGCCGGGGUCUCCGGAGCAGCCGGGCCCGGCACCUCGGGGGCCGGGGCUUCCGGGGCCGGGUCGGCCGGUCGGCCGGCCACCCCGGCGGCCGGCCCGGCCGUGGCCGUGGCUGUGGCCCAGGCUGCGGCCGUGGCGGCCGGGGCCACCGGGGCCGGCGGCUCGCUCGGCGGGGCUGGCACUCCGCCCGGCUCGCUGGCCGGGGCCGGGGGAGCCGCCGAUGACGAUCUCUCGCGGACCAUUUACGCCUUCUAUGCAUCCUCCACGCAGCCGACCCUGGUCACGGCGGGAGCCGGGCGGGGGGGCCACGCGCGGCGGGCCUCCGCCGCAGCCAUGGCAGCGGCCGCCGCCGGGGCCUCCGGCAUCUUCCCGCCUGAUGCGCCGGGCUACCAGCUGGCUGGCGGCAGCCCCGGGGCCGGUGGCAGUCCUGGCUCCGGGCCCAGCGCCGGGGGCAUGCAUCACCCAUCGGCCGGCCGGCCGGGCUUGGCCUAUCCCCCGGCCCCGGGGUCGCCGCAGUCCGGCCGCGGGGCCGGACCCGCCGGCGAGGCAGCCAGCCACGGCGGCGAGCGCGGCGGCUCGACGUCGGGGUAUGAUGGCGGCCCGGCGGGCCCGGGCGGUGGUCCCACCUCGCCGGCGCCCUCCUCCGGGAUGUCCUCCGGCUCGGUGUCGGCCUUCAGUUCACCCGCCGGGAACAUUGUUGGCCUGGCGCACUCGCCCUUCACCGGGGGGGUGCCUUUGCAUCGGCUGGGCAGCCCGCCGGGGCUGGUGCCCGGGGCCCCGGGCUCCGGGGCCGGCCGGCCCGUACGGUCCCCCUCGGCCCAGCAGCUGGAUGCCCUGCUGGCAGCCCACAACAGCGGCGGCGGCGGCGGCGGCGGUGGCGGGCCUGCCGAUGACCCGGACCUCUCGCCCCCGAGCCACCCCGCGUCGCCGGGGUUUGUUCCCCCGCGCAUGAUCCAAGCGGUGAUCGCCCUUUCCUCACCGCCGCCCCCUCGUGGGGGGAUCUUCCGCCAGCUGGAGACGCCUCUGCAGCACCAUCACAACCACCACUCGGGUCAGCCGCCGGCUCCGCCGGGCGGCCGGUGAGGCUUUUUAUCCGGGCCCCGUCGCGCUUGAUUCCCACUUGUACUCGACUGGCUCGCCUCCCGGCCGCCAUCCCCACCCACUGCAAUAGAUGGUUGGCUGUGGCUCCAUGUGGUCUAUAUUGUGACGGGGGGGUCGCUCUCGUGUCGGGCCGGCAUGAGGCACCGGACAAACUCCCGCGGGAAGUAAUCCAGCACCAGGAUGCUCUCCAGGUCGUAGUAGCAAUGUGUGAGGCCGGCGUCCAGGGCAGCCGAGAGGCCGGCCCCGGCUGGAUGUUGUUGGUGCUGCUGCUGCUGCUGCUGC